AUGUCUUAUUCUAUUAAGCCAACACAAAUAUCUGUAAUAGAAGGCCUCAUUCCACCAAUCCACCAAAAGUCAUUUUACCAAUUUGACAAUAAUUCAUCACCUUACAUUUACGAUAUCGCAGCUACUUCUACUUACUGUUUUAUAUCUGAUUCAAAUCAUCAAAUUACUUCUUUUGAAUAUACAAAUUCUAGCCUUACAUUCGCUGGAAAAUUAAACUAUCAUACCGAUACAAUAACAAAGCUUAAAUUACAUAAAGAUCAGUUCAUUAUUUCAAGUUCAAAGGAUGGUCGUAUUGCCUUAUGGGACUUAAGGAUCCCAAGUAGUCAACCAACUAAUGUUUUCCAAGCUAAAAAUCGUGAGCCUUUGUUAUCAUUUGAUAUCAACAAUUCCGACACGAUUUUGGCUGCUGGUACUGAGCUUAUAGAAGGAGAUGCAAAGAUCCUCUUCUGGGACUUAAGAAAACCUUUUCUUGUCGCUGCUGAAUUCAUUGAAUCACACAACGAUGAUAUUACGCAACUUCAAUUCCAUCCAACAAGCGAUUCUCACUUUAUCAGCGGUUCUACUGAUGGUUUAAUAUGCAGUUUUGAAGUGAAAAACUUUAACGAAGAUGAUGAAUUGAUUGGCGUGAUCAAUUCUGGAUCAUCGAUCAAUAAAGCUGGCUAUUUCGGACCAAGCGCUGAAUAUGUGUAUUGCUUAACUCAUACAGAAACAUUCAGCUUAUGGGGCUUAUCUGAUAUUAACUUACUUUGCGAUAUAGGAGAUAUUCGACAAGAUCGCUGUCAAGGAAGUUUCAUUCAAAUUGAUUAUGCUAUCGAUUGCCAAUUCGAUUUUUCCACUAAUCGACUGUACCUUUUUGCCGGUUCGAAUCUCGGAAAUAUCAGCAUUUUACAUGUUGCUAUUAAUGAACUACAAUUAUGUCAAACACUAAAUGAUGGUCAUUCUGAAAUCGUGAGAAGUGUCAUCUGGAAUCCACAGGUAAAUACGCUUCUCUCCGGCGGGGAAGAUUCAAAAUUAUGUAUGUGGGGACCCUAA